AUGGACAAUAAAAUAGGUGAGCUUUUGGAAAACCCAGCUCCGCAGUCUCGCUUCAAAGAAGCAGCUAAAAGGUUCUUGGAUGAUCUAGAAGAGGAACGUCAACGUCUGUUGGCUGACUUUCCAUUGUGCGCUUCAUUAAUAGAUGAAGCUGUGGACCGUAUUAAAAUGACCGGUCGCAUUCCAGGCCAGGAGGUUCAUGCUGAUGUUUAUAACCAAAGGCCAAUGAAAAUAAUCCAGAAAGUGUUCAUACCGUCUAAACAGUUUCCUACGUUUAAUUUCGUUGGAAAGAUUUUGGGACCCAAGGGUAAUUGUCUGCGCAAUCUUCAGGAUGAAACCCAAUGUAAAAUUGAGAUCAAGGGUCGCAACAGCAUGCGUGAUCGAAACAAAGAGAAGGGGUUGCGGGACUCUGGUGACCCUCGCUAUGCUCAUUUGCAGAAAGAUCUAUUUGUUGAGAUCAGCACUUUUGCCCCACCAGCUGAGGGCUACGCCCGCAUUUCUCGUGCACUGGCCAAACUACGUAAAUAUAUCAUUCCCGACCACAACGAUGAAGUAUCCCAAGGGCAGCAUCGGGAGCUAUACGAGAACACGACUAAUUUAAAUGUACCCAAGCUAGACCCGUUUAGACAACAAAAUAGUUCAAAUACCUGGGACAAAACAGUUAGUAAUUGGCACGAUGUUGGGCGAGCCGAAGAAAGGCGUGGCGGAAAUGAGUAUUCCAGUAACAAUAACACUCAGCCAGUACAAGCGGAAGGAUUUAAUCGUCCACAACUAUAUCCAUUCGGAAUGAAACGGAAGCGCGAAGCAAAAACAUUGUUAGACAACACAAAUAUGUAUCAGUAACAACUGAAAGCAUAAACUCUUUAAAAAUUCUGACCACUUAAAAUGUAUUAUCAAAAAAGAAACACAUGCAACAAGAAAGAAACGCUUUUGAAAGGGAAGAGGCUGUAAAAGACUUAAACGGAAGUAUAACCGUCAUAUGACAGAUUAAAA